UCGGUUGGUUCGCUGUUCGAACAGCACUACUUCGGCUUCCGUAGCUGAAAUUAUCCUUACUACACUUUCUUCCAGGCAUUUAUCGUUAAAUUUUCCUUUCCUUUUCCUUUCCAAAAGAAACGCAUAUUUUAACGCGAGUCAGGUAACGUACAACUACACCCGGAAGGAAGGAGCAAAGGACUAAAACACGCCUGGUCAGCAUAAAUGAAUCCGCUGUUAGGGACAUUUUUAACGUGAUCUGUCAUGGUUGAUAGUUAGCCCGUACGCUACCAGGGUAUAGCUCGCUUUAAAUGUUUUAUUUUAUUUUUAUUUUAUUUUUUUGCAAUAUAGUGGUAACGAGAUCAGCUCAAAUGUGAACAGUCGCACUUGAUGAACUGCGAUCUUCACUGCAGUUGCGGACUACCUCACAGUUGAAUCGAAGUUGGAAAUACGGAAAUAACAGCCAUUUAUGGCCCACAUCAUGAACAAUUAAUGUUAGCUGUAGUGUUAAAAUACCAUAUAUCGCCGUUUUGUUUUGAAAGGUAUUAAAGUGUAUGGUUUGUUCGCUCGUCUAUCAAAAGUGGAGAUUAAUAUCUAGGUCGUGUGCGAAGAUUAGUGUUCACAGCAGGAUGUCAAAGGGAUUUGUGAGCUGAGAUAAUAACAAAAACAAAAACAUGUCAUUCUCCAUGUCAUAACGUGUAAAAUUUCGCUUUAUAAAAGAAAUCAGUGUGUUGAAAUUUCCUGUAACGUACAUAAUCUAGAUGUUUGUACAUUGGAAAAGCAGGCUGUCAAAAUCACUUUACUGAUCAAAUACUCUAGAAAUCAGACACAUCAUGUCAGGGGAAAGUAGUGGUAGUGGCGAGGACUCCGACCAAGAAACCCGCCGUAAAGUUUGCACCGUUAAACACGAGAUCACUAAUGCAAACCUCACAGGAUACACUGAGAAAGUUGGCAUGCAGAACUUUGAACUUCUCAAAGUGCUUGGCACUGGAGCUUACGGGAAAGUGUUCCUGGUCAGAAAAAUCAGUGGCCACGAUAAAGGCAAACUCUAUGCCAUGAAGGUUCUGAAGAAAGCAGCCAUUGUUCAGAAGGCAAAGACUGCUGAGCACACUAGAACAGAGCGGCAGGUACUGGAGCACAUCCGCCAGUCACCCUUUCUGGUCACCCUCCAUUACGCCUUUCAGACGCAAACCAAACUGCAUCUCAUACUAGACUAUGUGAGUGGAGGAGAGAUGUUUACUCACCUGUAUCAGAGAGAUCAUUUCUCAGAGGAUGAGGUGAGGAUCUAUGUGGGAGAAAUUAUCCUGGCCCUGGAGCAUUUGCACAAGCUUGGCAUUGUGUACCGGGACAUUAAGCUGGAGAACAUCUUAUUAGACAGCGAUGGCCAUCUGGUUCUGACCGACUUUGGGUUGAGUAAGGAGUUUUUAGAAGAGGAGAAAGAGAGGACAUACUCAUUCUGUGGCACUAUAGAGUACAUGGCACCUGAGAUUAUCAGAGGGAAAGCUGGCCAUGGCAAGGCAGUGGACUGGUGGAGUUUGGGGAUUCUUAUGUUUGAGCUGUUGACGGGAGCGUCUCCAUUUACUCUGGAGGGAGAGAGAAAUUCCCAGAGUGAGGUGUCCAAGCGUAUCCUGCGCUGUGAGCCUCCAUUCCCCUCGAUCAUUGGCCCCUUGGCGCAGGAUCUGCUGCGAAAGUUACUGGUGAAGGACCCUCAUAAAAGACUUGGCUCUGGUCCCAGAGGAGCUGAGGAGAUUAAGUCUCAUCCUUUCUUUAAGGGUUUAAACUGGUCCGACUUGGCUGAGAAAAAGGUUCAGAGUCCAUUCCGACCAGAAUUACGCAAUGAGUUGGAUGUGGGUAACUUUGCAGAGGAGUUUACAGGAAUGGAGCCGCUCUAUUCUCCUGCCAGCACACCACCUAGUACAGACCGUCUGUUUCAGGGCUACUCUUUUGUGGCUCCUUCUAUCUUGUUCAAUAAGAAUGUGGUGAUGGCGGAUGUUCUAGAUGCUCACGUGAAUGUUGACAGGCCUGGUUCAGCUACAGUUCAGCGCAGUGCUAUGCUAAAGGACUCCCAGUUUUUUCAUCACUAUGAGCUGUGCCUGCAGGGGCCUCCACUGGGCGAGGGUAGUUUUUCUGUCUGCAGGAAGUGCAGACACAGGCAGAGUGGCCAGGAGUAUGCUGUAAAAAUCACCAGCAGAAGGAUGGAGGUCAUGACUCAGAAAGAGAUAGCAGCACUACGCCAGUGUGAAUCUCACCCCAACAUUGUCACACUCCAUGAGGUCUAUACCGAUCAGUAUCACACUUAUUUGAUUAUGGAGUUGUUGCGUGGUGGAGAGCUUUUGGAGCGAAUAAGGAAAAAGAAGAUGUUUGCAGAAUGGGAGGCCAGUCAGCUGAUGAAAAGUCUUGUGUCUGCGGUCAGCUACAUGCAUGAGGCUGGAGUCGUACACCGAGACCUCAAACCAGAGAAUGUGCUGUUUGCUGAUGAGUCAGAUGACUCUGUGUUGAAGGUGAUUGAUUUUGGAUUUGCGCGGUUGUUUCCAGCGGGGAGUGGCAGUGCAUCUCUGCAGACCCCCUGCUUUACCCUGCAGUAUGCUGCGCCGGAGCUCUUCCACAGCUCGGGAUAUGACCAGGCCUGCGAUCUCUGGAGCCUUGGGGUGAUCCUGUACACCAUGCUGUCUGGCCAAGUUCCAUUCCAGAGUGAGAAGAAAGGAAUGACAUCAUCGCAUGCAGCUGACAUCAUGCACAAGAUCAAGGAGGGUGAUUUCUCAUUGGAUGGAGAAGCCUGGAAGGGUGUGUCUGAAGAGGCCAAAGAUUUAGUGAGAGGUUUGUUAACCGUAGAUCCUGAGCGACGGCUGAAGCUCUCGGCUCUGAAAGAGAAUGCCUGGCUUCAGGGAGGUGGCGUCAUGUCCUCCACCCCUCUCUGCACCCCUGAUGUUCUGGAGUCCACCGGCCCGACUGUCCGUACCUAUGUCAAUGCCACCUACAAGGCAUUUAACCGGGGGAAACGUGAGGGCUUUUUCCUUAAAAGUGUUGACAAUGCACCUCUAGCAAAACGUCGGAAGAUGAAAAUGACCAGUACUGGUGUGGAGACCAGACGCAGUUCAUCGUCCUCCUCAUCUUCCUCCUCUUCUUCAUCCACUUCCCAUUCCAAGACACAGAAUUGCCAAUCUUUGAAUCCCCAUGAGGACCCCAAACUGUGACAGCAUCUGUUUGACUGAAAGCUCUUUUGAUGUGGUGAGAGAAUGUAUUGCAAAUUCAUUACAGGGCGAAAAAGACCUAUAAAAAAAGACUAAACAAAAUAAUGUAACCUUGAUACGGUAAAAAAUUCAAAAUUAUUUGAAGUCUCUGCUGGAGUAAAGCCCUGUGCUGACCAGAUCAACUUGGAUUUUCAUUUGGAGGAAAGAGGAAGUUUUUUUUUUGUGUGUGUGUGUCAACGUGGCUCUUAGUAAACACAAUGCCAAGGAAAUGAUCUACAUUAUAUAUAUUUUCAUCUUUUCAUCAUUUGAGACUGUAGACAUUUUUAAAUGUUAUAUCAUGUGGUGGGUAUAAUCCCACCUUUAGAGAGAUCUUUUAACUGCAAGUGACGAUUGAAACAUGUGAAACUGAGAUCAGGGAAAGCUGAAAUUUUAGGGAAUAGUGGACAAGAAAGCCACAAGAGCGCAAAGCCAUAUGUGAGAAUUAGAGUGGACUUUUAUUUUAAUGUAUUUUAAUGAUCCACUGAGCAAAGCUUUAUGUGAAUCAUGUACAGGCUAUUUACAUAUCACUACUUUCAGAAAUUAUCUUGAUGUUUGCAUGACUAUAGUAUUUUGAAUGUUUUACAUAUUUUAACAGUUGACCUAUGAAGUCAGAACACACAAAGAUACUGAAUCACCAGUUAGAAAUAAGUCCUCUCCACACUUUUGGGUGAAUCUCAUAAAGACCUGUCAGUUGGAUUUCUCCUCAAAAUCAAAAUCAAAAAUAUAAAUAUAAAAAAUUAUUUAACCACAAGUCCUGCCUGUCCUCAUUCAUUCAGAUUUCUUUAUUUUUAUUCAAAUCAGCACAAAUAUAACAAUAUAAUCUGUACUUAACAAUUGUACUUUAAUAAUGUGGGGAAAAAGUUAACAUUUAUUCAUGUGAAAUAGGAAAUAAAAAAAAUUAUAGACAGAAAUUUCUUGACCGUUUCUGUGAGAUUCACCUUUUUUGUCUCAAUAUUUUUACCCUUGUGAAGUGUGUAGAGAUCACUUUAAAUACCGUCACUAACUUAGCUGAUUGAUUUAAAAAGGUUUGGAUAUGUGAAUCUCUGGCUUUAAAAACCAGACGUGGCAUUUGCUUUUAUCAGUGUACUUGAAAUGUUGUGCUUCAUUAAUAGUGUGCAGAGUCUUGUCUCUUCUACUGAGCUGAGGGAUCCCGACAUCCACUGCAUAUUCAACUCUGCUAUCUGUUGACCAUAAGGGCUGAUGUUCACAAGACCACAAUCAAUCCCUCACGUUCUUAAGGGCUUUAAAAAAAUCGCACAUCCACGCUAUAAUCGAGUGACCCUCUUGAACUGUAAUGAGUGUGAGAGAUGGCACUGGCAUCCGUCCGUUUUUCCCUUUUUUAUUAAUCAUCUUCAUGGCCAUUAGUCUUGCAAUAUUUUGACUUGAUGUACAAGCAUUCAGACUUUUUAGUGUGGAGUCUUUCUGCUAUUUGUGCGGUGUAAAUCCACCGAAGGACACUUAGGAUUCAGACUGUGUGUUGAGCUGACUGUUUUAUUAAGAUGCAAACAGGUGUCGAGGCCCAGUAAAACACCUUCAGCAAUGUUAUAUAAACUCUGCUUUCUUUUAAGAUGAGAGAAGCUGGCAGAAAUGAAAAACUUAACAGUCAAAUGGAUUGUUUGAUACUGUUUUUAUUGAAAUAACAUUCAUCAUUUAUCUGUGCCAAAAUAAUCAGUUAAUGGAGGGAAAUACUGUUCUGUAAUAUAGUUUUGCACAUGAGAUGCACUAGGCUGGGUUUAUUGUUCACAAGCGAUGCUUUUGUCAGCUUUUAAUUUGAUGGGAACAGUGAAACGGUUUUUGAAAAGACUGGAACAAAUACAGCACAUUCAGAUGCUUAUCAAGGGGUUCAAAUGCAGAAUUUUGCUCAGUAUCAGCAACCAAAGUAUCUUUCAGAUGCAAUCAGCACAGUUACAUUAUGCCGUGUGAUGAAAAUAGGUUUGACUUCAGGCCUCGACUUCAAAAAUGUGAAACCAAAAAAUGAAAGGUGUAGAUGAGUUUGUUUCUUCAUCGAAACAGAUUUGGAAUAAAUUGAUGGACUGGAGUUGUUUGGAUUACUCUGUUUUCUUCAGCGGUUUAAGACUCUCAUUCUGAGGCCAAGUGCUGUGAUGCUACAUUUCUCCAUUUGUUCAGAUGGAGAAACAAAAUCAUCUACAUCUUAGAUGACCUGAGGCUGAGAAAAUUUACAGCAAUUGCAGCAAGGGAUGAUUUAUCAAAGAACACAGUGAUUUUACACUAUUGUUUUAAGUAAAUCUUAAUAAUUUUGAUUUCUUUUGUUGCACAAGUUUGUCAUGUCACUUUGUUUUGGGCUUUAAAAACAGUAAUUUUUUAAUUUAUUUCUUUUAACUUGCUCUUUAUGUCUUUAUUCACAGUGUUAAGGCUUUUUGCUAAAUGUAGUUUAGUUUAUUUUGUUUGUUUAAUUUCUCAGUAAGAACAAAUCGUCUGCUCUUAUUAGAUAAUGCACUUGCUUUUUUUCUGGAAGUUUUACAAAUGUACAUUUUUGAUUGCAAAAGUUUUACUAGACAUCAUUUGUAGUCUACAGUUUAAGGGUGAGCUUGCCGUGUCUCUUUAUGGCUCGAGUGUGGUCUCAGUAUAUUAUGUUAGGUUUCUGAUUUGCAUGUUUUGUUUAAAAAAAAUAAUAAAAAAAACCUUUUCCUGAUAA